UGAAUCAUUUGAGCGCGCUGUUGGCGGCGUUGACAUGUGGGAUAACUUGAUUGCAAGCGUGGUUUCGCUUGUUUUUCUUCUCGGAUAAUUCUAUUUUUGUAUGCCAAAAAUUGAUGUUUAAACGUCUGGUGGAAUUCGCAAAAAUGGCAAAAGUGUGCAAUCUUGCUAAAGGACAGUUUCGUAUUUAUAUACAUAUGUAUCUUUUGGCAAUAGAGGCAGAGGCAAAUGUUUUUUUUUGCGUUUGAGGUUAGAUUUGAUUUUCGCUCAUCAAUGACGUUUGAUACGCCAAUAAUCGCUUUGCAGUUGUCUACCGGCGUUUUUGCAUUUUAUGAACUAAUUUAACUGACGCAUGUCUGCUGUAAAACAAAAUCUGAUGAAAUACAUCUGUUCCCUUCACAGCUGCACCGUUUGAAGGCGUUGAGUUUUGGCGCGAAAGCCUCUACCCUCGUUUCCGAAAUAUUUGAAACACCAGUGAAAAAGAGAAGAAAAUACUUAACAAAUGGCACAAGAAGCAGAUAUUCCAACAUUCAAAUGCGUUCUGGUCGGAGAUGGUGGUACUGGCAAGACCACUUUUGUAAAACGUCACAUGACCGGCGAAUUUGAAAAGAAGUAUGUUGCUACACUCGGUGUCGAGGUGCAUCCACUUAUCUUCCACACUAACCGUGGCGCCAUCCGUUUCAAUGUCUGGGAUACCGCUGGUCAGGAGAAAUUUGGCGGCUUGCGUGAUGGUUACUACAUUCAGGGACAGUGUGCUAUAAUUAUGUUUGAUGUUACUUCUCGCGUCACAUAUAAAAAUGUACCAAACUGGCACAGAGAUUUAGUACGCGUCUGCGAAAAUAUCCCGAUCGUUUUAUGCGGUAAUAAGGUCGAUAUAAAAGAUCGCAAAGUCAAGGCUAAGAGUAUCGUUUUCCACAGGAAAAAGAACUUACAGUACUACGAUAUUUCCGCCAAGUCAAAUUAUAAUUUUGAAAAACCUUUCCUUUGGCUGGCACGAAAGUUAGUUGGCGACCCAAAUUUAGAAUUUGUCGCUAUGCCAGCGUUACUUCCGCCAGAAGUCAAAAUGGACAAGGAUUGGCAGCUGCAAAUCGAGAGAGAUUUGCAGGAAGCUCAAGAAACUGCAUUGCCAGAAGAGGAUGAAGAUUUGUAAUCUUAAACAUACGCUAAUUUUUAUCUAAAUACAGAGUUUACAACAAAUUAUAAUUGAGAAAACUUAAAAUUCUAAAACUACUGCAAAAAAUGGCGAGGAACUAAUAAAAAUAUUUAAACCUAAA